AUGUAGAUUCCUCGUGAUUAAAUGAGGAAUGGUUUUUAAAAAUAAAAUUCAAAUGGACGAAGUCUUGGAAAUAAAAAAUAAUAAGUAUAGAACUUCAUUCCUCCAUAUAUUCCAAAAGGUAUGUUGAGUAUGAAUUGUGGAUCAAAAACAGAAAAAAAUACAAAGUUAAAUGACACAGGUAAUUUCUUAAUCUAUUAUAUAUAGAAACCACAGAUGUGACUCAUAAUAAUUUAGGUUUCAGUUAACAAUUACAAUAAUAAAUAAGAGUUGAACAUUUAGAUUUGGGAUUCUUUAAAGUCUAGUAAUGUAAGAUAAUGGGGAAUCACAAUCACAAACAUUGUCCUUUCUUUCAUAAUCCAAAGGAUCGUAAAAGGUAUUUACUUAUUGAAUAUUGUUUUUAAGGAUUGGAGUAGAGUAUUCAGCCGAGUUAUGUCAAUAUAUUGAAAAUAAUUCAAUAUGUCCAUAUGGAGACAAUUGCAAUAGAGCUCAUAAUAGAGUGGAAUAACUAUAUAGAAUUGACAAUUACAAAACUAAAUUUUGCUCCUUUUAUCCAAAUAAUAUUUAACAGUGUGAUUAUGGGAAAUUCUGUUCAUUUGCUCAUUCUGAAGGUGAUAUAGCUAUAGAACUUAUUCAUAAUUUAGAAUAUGAUGAUGAUUUCUUCAUAUUUUAUUACAAAACAGUAUGGUGUCCAUUCAAUCUUACAUAACAUGAUAAAUCUUUAUGUGUUUAUGCUCACAAUUGGUAAGAUUUUAGAAGAAAACCAUAAGGAUACAAUUAUAUUCCAUAAUCAUGUUCUAAUUGGAAUACUAAUGAAUACAUUACAGAAUAUAGUAAUGGAUGUCCAGAUGCUUUUAGUUGUUGUAAAUGUCAUGGAUGGAAAGAAUUAGAAUAUCAUCCAAUGCUAUUUAGAACUAAAUAAUGCAUCAAUUAAAAUUGUAAUAAAUAAGAUUGCUCAUUUUAUCAUUAUCAAUAAGAAAGAAGGUAUUAUUUUGUAAUUAUUUAGAUAUGUUGAAUAAUCAUCUUAAGCUAGAAUAUUUAAGAUUGUACCUAGAAAUAGGAUUAUUUAGAAUGUCUUUAAGGUGAGAGAACCAAGUUUGUAGACAUCACAAAGAUAUUAGAAAUCUUAAGAUAAUAAUAGUGAUCAAUAAUAAUGGCUUGGUCAUAAUUUGUAAAAUAGUUUCCAAUAUGAACCUGAAUCUGAUACUGUUGUUGAAUGUAAAAAUAAGGGUGAACAUUAUUAAACAGCUCUUAUUUCCAUUCUCGAGCGAACAGGUAUAUAUAUUCAUUCAAUAAUUCAAGAUUCUGAAGAAUUGAAGGAUUUAAUGAGAAAAAAGUCCUUCUCUGUUGAUAAUAUUGAUGACAAUGAAUAGAUAAGAGGGGUCUUAAGAAUGAUAGACAUGGAUUCUUGA